AUGACAAUCAAUUUCGCCAGAACGAGAUCUCAAAAGAAACCGUCGACGGCAAGUCGCGGCGUCCGGUCACUAGGCAUAGCUAUUGCGAUCCCGGUGGCUCUAACCGUAUCCAAUAUCAUGAUGUUCGGAGAGACCGACACCUUCCACUACCAGGACCUCGACAGGCCAUUCUGGAUCCCACCCUUGUGGGCCCUACACCUAACCUGUGUCUCGUCGGCUUUCGUCAUGGGGUUAUCGGCUUGGCUGGUGUGGGCCGACAGUGGAUUUCAUCGCACACCAACGGCUAUUUUUAUGUACUUGGCUCAGCUUGGACUCGGCUUGGCCUGGGAUUCCAUCUUUUUCAAGGUGGGUCCCACUCGAAUGGGGUUGGGUGUGAGCUUCGGCCAUAUGGUUACCAUUUUCUCUUGUUCUCGGAUGUUUGGCCGGAUAAACCCAAUCGCCGGUGAUCUGGUGAAGCUUUGUUUGCUGUGGACCUUGUUCUUAACGUUUAUAAAUCUACAUUUUGUACUUGAGGAAUAA